AUGACUGGACUUUCUGAAAACGCGGUGUCUGACUGGAAGAUAUUCAUCCACACUCGAAUCGCUGAUUGGCUGCUUGCAAACCCUUGUCCUCUUGGUGGUCCUGGAGUAAUUGUCGAAUUAGACGAAGCUAAGUUCGGAAAGAGAAAAUACAACAAAGGUGGAUACAGAGAGGGUAUGUGGGUACUUGGUGGAGUUGACCGAAACACAGGACAAUGCUUCCUCCUCCCUUGUCCGGAGGAGGAACGUGGAGCAACUACUCUCCUCCCUCUCAUCCGGCGGUGGAUUCUUCCUGGGUCUAUCAUCUACACAGACGAGUGGGGAGCUUACAACACGCUAACAGCGGAGAGGUACACGCAUGCUGUUAUGGAUAGUUAUUUGAUAAACAAGGUGCCAAAAGAAACGCUUGUGCAGCUGGAAGAGUUCUCAGCUUACCUCAAAGAUCAUCGAAAAACUAGAACAUCAUAUGCAAGUGUGAUCAAGACAAUAAAUAUAUUAAAGGAGUUGAUAUGUGCAAGUGACUGGGUAACAGCUGGCGAGCUUAUCAAGAUAAUUAAAACAUACUCAAAGUAUCUGCCACUAAUACUGAGUAAUGAAACUGUCGUAAGUAAUGUUAUCAGAAGAGUUCUGAAGAUAAUAAGGGAAGAGAAUGAAGGGCCAGAUGCAGCAAGCUUUGCAGAGGGACUAGCCAUAUUUUUCAGAUCAGAUUCCCAAUCAUCAACCAUUGGAAGAAAAGACCUGCAAGACAAUAUCCUGAACAGUAUUGUAGAGUUGCUUGCUGAGCAAGAAAACAGCAAAUCUAACAUCAUCACCAUGGCUCUUGAGCAUAUCCACGCUAAUGAGCUCAUCUUAACUUAUGGGCACUCAAACACAGUAAGGGAGUUCCUCCUUCAUGGACGGAAGAAGAGGAACUUCAGAGUUGUGGUAUGUGAAUCAGGGCCCUCGCUAAAAGGACACCAAAUGGCAAAGGAGUUGAGCGAUGGUGGUAUUGAGACAACUCUUAUUGCUGACAGUGCUGCAUUCGCUAUCAUUCAUGCUGUUAAUAAGGUGAUAAUUGGUACCCACACUAUAAUGGCUGACGGAGCUCUGAGAGCACCGAACGGAGCACACCAGCUAACACUUGCAGCAGAACACUUCUCUGUGCCAGUCAUAGUUUGUGCUGCACUUUACAAACUCUCUCCUACUCAUCUCUGCUCCUAUGAUCAGGAUGCUUUCAACAAGAUCAUAGGUCCUGAGAACAUGCUGAAUUUCAGUAAUACCAAGCUUCAUUCAAAAGUGUUGGUAUCGAAUCCUGAGUUUGACUACGUCCCAAGUGAUAUGAUAGAACUGUUUAUAACUAACACUGGAGGACAUGCUCCCUCGUAUCUUUACAGAAUCGUAUCAGAGCUGUAUCACCCGCAUGAUAACGAUCUGGACAACAUGUGUGUAGAGGAAUCUGAUGACGAACACUGACCAACGUGACCAAAUCACGUGACCAACGUGACCAGAUCUUCAGUUCAACCUUAUCUGUCAUCUGAUGUUUAGGAA